AUGAAGAAAAGGAGAAAGGUUACUUCAAAUCUUGAUGAGAAGAUCCAUCUAGGCUAUCAUAAAGAUUCUUCAGAAGGAAAUGGUGCAGUGGAGUGUAACCGAGUAACCUAUACUCAUUCAGCAGAAACAUCAUCUCCUGAAACCCGUCACUGUUACCAGGAACUUCCUCCCUCUCCAGAUCAGAGGAAGCUUUUGAGUUCUUUGCAGUAUAAUAAGAAUUUACUGAAGUAUUUAAAUGAUGAUAGGCAGAAACAACCAUCUUUCUGUGAUUUACUUAUCAUAGUAGAAGGAAAAGGAUUUAGUGCACAUAAAGUGGUGGUUGCUGUUGGCAGUAGUUAUUUUCAUGCCUGUUUGAGCAAAAAUCCAAGCACCGAUGUUGUCACCCUGGAUCACGUAACACAUUCAGUUUUUCAGCAUUUGCUUGAAUUUCUGUACACAUCAGAAUUUUUUGUGUACAAAUAUGAAAUACCCCUUGUUUUAGAGGCUGCAAAAUUUCUGGACAUUAUAGAUGCAGUUAAGCUGCUAAAUAACGAAAACGUUGUCACUUUUCAGUCUGAGAUAACUGAAAAGUCAUCACCAGAAGAAGCGCUAAGUGAAUUAACUGGAAGACUAUCAAAUAAUCAUCAGUGCAAAUUCUGUAGUAGACAUUUUUGUUAUAAAAAAUCCUUAGAGAACCAUUUGACUAAAACCCAUAGAUCACUUUUAUUAGGGAAAAAACAUGGGUUAAAAAUGCUGGAGAGAAGUUUUUCCGCAAGACGAUCAAAAAGGAAUCGGAAAUGCCCUGUUAAGUUUGAUGACACCAGUGAUGAUGAACAAGAAAGUGUUGAUGGGUCGGACAAUUUGAAUCAAGAAAAUUUUGAUAAGGAAAAGUCAGAUAGAAAUGAUUCAGAGGAUCCUGGAAGUGAAUAUAAUGCUGAAGAAGAUGGGCUAGAGGAAGAUAUGUCAGAUGAAUAUUAUGACAUUGAAGAGCAAAGUGAAAAAGAUAAUAAUGAUGGAGAAGAGGAACCUGAGGCUGGUGAUUCUGUAGGAAAUACUCGUGAGGGGUUAACUCCAGUAGUCAUUCAGAGCAGUAACAAAAAAAUACUGCAAUGUCCUAAAUGUGAUAAAACAUUUGACCGAAUAGGAAAAUAUGAGAGCCACACCCGUGUUCACACAGGUGAGAAGCCCUUUGAGUGUGAUAUUUGUCACCAGCGCUAUUCGACGAAGUCUAACCUAACUGUUCACAGGAAGAAGCACAGUAAUGAAACAGAAUUUCAUAAGAAGGAGCACAAGUGCCCUUAUUGUAAUAAACUUCAUGCAAGCAAGAAGACUUUAGCCAAGCAUGUUAAGAGAUUUCAUCCUGAAAAUGCACAAGAAUUUAUUUCAAUUAAGAAGACUAAGAGUGAAAGUUGGAAAUGUGAUAUUUGUAAGAAAUCCUUUACUCGAAGACCACACCUGGAGGAACAUAUGAUUUUACAUUCUCAAGAUAAACCUUUUAAGUGUACCUAUUGUGAAGAACAUUUCAAAUCACGGUUUGCACGGUUAAAGCAUCAAGAAAAAUUUCAUCUCGGCCCUUUUCCGUGUGAUAUAUGUGGUCGCCAGUUUAAUGAUACUGGAAAUUUGAAACGCCAUAUUGAAUGUACCCAUGGUGGAAAGAGAAAAUGGACUUGUUUUAUUUGUGGAAAAUCAGUACGAGAAAGAACUACUUUGAAAGAACAUUUAAGAAUUCAUAGUGGAGAAAAGCCUCAUCUUUGUAGUAUUUGUGGGCAAAGUUUUCGUCAUGGGAGUUCAUACAGACUUCACUUACGAGUACAUCAUGAUGAUAAAAGAUAUGAGUGUGAUGAAUGUGGAAAAACAUUUAUUCGUCAUGACCACCUUACAAAGCACAAAAAAAUACAUUCAGGAGAAAAGGCUCAUCAGUGUGAAGAAUGUGGGAAAUGUUUUGGUCGUAGAGAUCAUCUCACUGUUCAUUACAAAAGUGUACACCUUGGAGAGAAAGUGUGGCAAAAAUAUAAAGCAACAUUUCAUCAAUGUGAUGUUUGUAAGAAAAUUUUUAAAGGCAAAUCAAGUCUGGAAAUGCAUUUUCGGACACAUUCAGCUUUGAUCAGCUGA